AUGACUCUGGGAAAGAUUUUGAAAUACCUGGUUCUAUUAACUGGAUGUUUUGCGUUGGUGUUCGGAGACCCUCAGGCAUGUACAUACACAGAAACAACCAAUUCCUACGAAUGUAAUGCACAUAACUGGGCUCUACCUCUGCAACUGACACAGUUCAACAACACGCCACAAGUGCUCUCCCUGGUACAGGUAAAUGGCGAGCUCCCAUCGUCUGCCCCGAGCGGGCCAACAUUUGAUGGAUUUGAAGGGAUCGACAACUCAACCUUUGACACCAACUAUGUUCCCAGUCUCCACAUCAGAUGUGCUAGCACCGGCCAACUUAUCCUUACUUCCGGUUCUUUCUCAAACAUGUCCUAUAUUAAAGAACUAAGAUUUUUUGACUGCAUGAUUCUAAAUCUUGCUGAUACGGUUUUUAGCGAACUCGUGGAAUUGAACUAUCUAAGCUUUGAUGGAGGAUCAGUUAGCAACAUAGGUUUUGACGCUUUCCUUGGUUUGAACAUCUAUCCUAUGGACGUUCCAAACCCCAUGGGUGCUCUUGCCUUCAGGAACGCACAAAUAACGUCUUCUGGGCUUCCGAACGGUGCACUUUACAAUUUAGUAAACAUAACAAAACUGAUUAUAGAAAACUCUGCUUUGCGCGUGCUGCAACCCGACAUGUUCAAGAAAUCGACAAAACUUACCUACAUUUCGCUGGACAAAAACCCAUUUACAAAAAUCACUGAAGGUUUGUUCGCGGACCUUCCCGCUCUGACUGUUGUGAGCAUGCGCAGUAUCAGUUGGGAUUGCACGUGCCCACAGCUUUGGUUUGAAGAUUAUUUCACAACAAACAACAUAUCGAUGAUUGGUGACAUUAUAUGUGACACUCCGUCUGAUUAUUACAACAAACGUUCGAAACAGUACGACCUGGAGACUUGUGUCCAACCAGAUGCUUGCGGAGAUGUUCCUGGGAUUGCAAAUGGAGAGACCUGUGUCACCUACUGGGACAUAACAGCUUACUGCCUCCACCCUUUCGCCGUUGUCAUGGCUGCUGUUGCCCUGGGUUUAUCCAUCUACACCAGACGGCAGCUUGAUUUCGUCAAGGAAGACCGUCAGGGAACACGGCCUCAGUUGGGCCUCCGCAAAUUAAGUGGCUCUGGAUGGAAGGGUGUCGUCAGCGAAAAGCCUACUGGCGGCCGCACCAAAGUAACGCCGAAAUCACUCGCAAAGGAGAAAGACAAACAGGGCGACAAUAACCCGAAGAAACUAAACGAGAAACAAAACAACGAUAGUAGUACUGAAAAGGAAACUAACAAUAAUGGAGAGACCUCAAAAUUAGAAAGCAAGGAUAAGUCUGACGUCAUACAAAAUACUGACGUGGAACUGUAG